GUAUUUAACCCUAUAAAUUCCAUUUAAAUCCAAAACAAGCUUCUUAUCAUGUAUGGAAACAACAAUCCACCAUUCCUCCCUUAAUUCAUGCAAAAAUUCCUUCAACGGCACACGACACUUUUCCCAAAUUUCAUAUUCCAAUAUGGGACCGGGACACCACCCUUAAUUCGUUGAACAAGCAGUACUAUAUAAUUAAAGACAACCUUAACUAACUCAAACCCUACUACACUCUCAAGAAAACCACAACCAAGACUAUGGACUUCUCUAAGCAGCUCUCCCUAGCGCUUUUCAUCUUCCAAGUGUUGGUCUUUUUCCAAUCAUCGGCACAAUCCGCCUCCAACAACUCCAAUCUCUUCAGGGAAUACAUCGGCGCCGAGUUCAAGAACGUCAAGUUCUCUGAUCUCCCCAUCAACUCUCAAGUCGAAUUCCAUUUCAUCCUCUCCUUUGCCAUCGAUUACACCACUUCCUCCUCCGCCACCCCAACCGACGGCAACUUCAACGUGUUCUGGGACGCAGACAAUCUCACCCCAGCUCAAGUCUCAGCCAUAAAAAACCAAAACUCCAACGUCAAAGUGGCUUUGAGCUUAGGAGGAGACUCUGUGGGAGAUGGCUACGCUUAUUUCAACCCCACCUCCGUAAAUUCUUGGCUUUCCAACGCUGUUUCCUCCUUAACAAGCAUAAUUCAAGAGUAUAACCUGGACGGAAUCGACAUAGACUACGAGCACUUCAAAACCGAUCCAGAGACCUUCUCGGAGUGCAUAGGAAAGCUCAUAUCAACCCUAAAGAAAAACGGGGUGAUUUCUUUUGCAUCCAUUGCCCCGUACGACGACGAUGAAGUUCAAAGCCAUUACAUGGCUCUGUGGAGAAGUUAUGGGCACAUAAUAGACUACGUAAACUUCCAGUUUUACGCCUAUGAUAAGGGGACUACUGUGUCGGAGUUCCUAGAUUAUUUUGGUACACAAAGCUCGAAUUACAACGGAGGGAAGGUGCUGGCGAGCUUUAUCAGUGAUGGGAGUGGGGGAUUGGCGCCUGAUAGUGGAUUCUUUACGGCCUGCAGUAGGCUCAAGAGCGAGGGGAAUCUUCACGGGAUAUUUGUGUGGUGUGCAGAUGAUUCAAAGGGAUUAGGGUUUAAAUAUGAGAAGCAAUCACAGUCACUGCUUGCAAUUUCCCACUAGUGUUGCAUGUAUAUAUAUAUAUAUGUACUCUUAUCUCCUCUACUUUUUAUCAAUUAAUUUAAUGGAAUAAUUUGUGUUGUUAAUGUUGAAGAAAAGCAUGUUUAUUAAUAAUUUUAGCCUUGUAAGUAUAAGGGAAUAAUUUUUAGUCCUGUUGAA